UUUACGUAGGAGGAAACUAAGCAAAUGAAGUGUGCCAAUCUUCCUGUUGCAGUGAGUAAAUGAUGUUAUGAAUGUUUGACGGUGGAAAGUUGGCUUUACUGGAUGCAUACAGUGCAUUUAUUUAGAGAGAGAGAGAGAUGCUCACAAUGGAGCAAAUAGAGGCAGCCUUGUACCAGAAGAUGAAGAUGAAGAAAAUAAAUGAGAUGCCGAUGGAAGGAAUGGAGGGAACGGGGGAAGAGCUCAAAAUGGACAGAGGAGUACAGAAGGAGCACAUCCUCAAGUGGUUUGUUGAGAGUCAGGCUGUGCACAUCUUGUGCGACGGACGUUUUCCAGCCUGGUUCCAGGGAUUCAUCUCCAGACAUGAAGCAGAAGAUCAGCUCAGAGACAAGAAUGUCGGUUGCUUCCUUAUCAGACUCAGUGAAAAAGCCACUGGAUAUAUUCUUUCAUACAGAGGACAGGAUCGUUGUCGCCAUUUUGUCAUAAAUCAAACCAAGACCGGCCUGUUCAUCGUUUCUGGUGAUUCCACCACUCAUAACAGUCUCACAGAGCUGAUCAAUCACUUUAAAACCACACCAAUCCAGCCUUUUGGAGAGUACCUGACUUCAUUUAACACAGAUAUGGACCCUGUGGAAGAGGAUGGCAAAAACAAGCUUUAUGAUGUGGUUCAAAAUAAGCCCCGAGUCAAUCCGGGUGUUAGUGUUAAGGCUCUAAGAAGUCUAUGGGAACAAACUAGCAAUAUCCCGCACAACCCUCCUCCUGUUCUGUGUUCUAAAAGUGGCCGGAAACUCGCGAUCUCCACCUCUGUUGACAGGAACAGCCUUUCCCAGGCUACAAAAGUUCCACCAUUGCCAAAGAAGAAUACACCACUUCGCAAUUCCUUAAGCGCUGGUGUUCCUGGUUCAAAUCCAUCACAAGAGCAGCACAGCUUUUCGGAAUCAAGGGCAUCUGGACGGCCAGGAAAUGAUGAGAGCAACGGCAAAAAAAGCAAUGUCUCGGACACAAAGGGCUACAGCUCUCAGUUUAGGUUGCCUCUCCACGAUGAAAACAAUCAGUCUUUAGCUUAUAAUUCUUGCAACAUUAUGCCCUCAACCCCUGAACAGCCUCCUUUAGCUCCACCCAAAAUAGCUUUCUGCUCUUAUGCUGUCCUUGAUCUUAAAAAACACAGCAGUGGAGCUUACAGAGCGCCGUAUACUGACCAAGAAGCCUUACAGCCCAACCCACUCUACCAAACCUCAUCUCUGGUGUGUGCUGGACAGAUGGACCAGCCCGAGCAAGAAUAUGACAAUCGUAUGAAGCCCAUCGACAACAUCCUUUUAGCAGAAAACACCUAUCAAGACAUACCCGAACAACGUGACAGUAAUACCUAUGAACACAUAGCUGAGGGCAACACCUAUGAGGACAUCCGAGUGAAAGACAGCAACACGUACGCAAGUUUGGAUGAGAUGCAACCCCACACACCAAACAUCUUGGGGAAGAAGAAUCAUAAAUGGUGGAAACUUCGACUGGAGAAUAAGAAGUAAUAAUCAUCAGGUGAAUGCAAAAGCUGAGCAAAAUAUUUAUUUUAGUGGUUCAGUGUAGUAUCAUGAUAGUCAAUAGUCAUGAUUUUAUGUUGGUGUGCACAGUAUAUAUAAAACUUCAGUACAGUAUGGUUUCUGAAUUCUACAUUUCUACAAUGCUGAUUUUUUUUUUACAAGUAAAUACUACGGUAACAGUGAGAUGAUUAUGAUAAACCACCUUAUUAUAUUGCUCUUAUAUUGUUAUGACUGAAUUUCCGACUAUUUCUAUUAUCUAUCAAUGUAUACAAGACUUGCAUAAUUGAAUAUUUUGUAAUUGCAGAAUUAUACGGUAUUAGUGUAAUUACACUGUAUUAGUGCUGACAGCCUAUUAAAGUUUCCGUAACCCCAAUCCAGCAGUCCACGCUGUUUUUUAUGAUACUCUCCACAUCUGAAGUCAUACAACUUCACAGCAUAACUGAAUAAAGCAUGGGGAUAAUAUGCAAUAAGUGUUCUGUAAGAGGUUAGUAUUGAGUAGACUGAUUGCAUUGUGCUUCCUAUCUCCUUUGAAGUGAAGUUCUCCCCUAUUUUAUAUUCAUAUAGAAUAAGCUGUAGAAAAGAGUUUAGAAUAUAGACCUACUAGGCAUUCUGUCAUUUUGCUCACCAUGAUAGUACUAUGUAAUCCAUUGCAAUCUCAGAUAAUAGCUGACUUAAUAGAUGGUAAUGUAAUCACUUAUCUGAGCCACUGAGACUUUCCAAAUGGUUUGGACUCUAAAUAUUGAUCCACUUACAACCUCAUGCUAAUGCAAGUCAACUCUGAAAGGUUUCUUAACA